AUGGUUUCAGCCUGUUCUUUGAAGGUCAAGGGUUCCUAUAAGUUUAAUGCACUGCAAUGCGAAAUUUAUGCUCCACAGUUGGGUGAAAUUAAGCAGUGCCAUAUAAAAGCAAUCGAUCGGAAGCACAAUUUGAUCAACAUAGAGACGAUUUUGUUCAAAACUGCAACACAAUUUGAGAUCCACUUUAAAAUGGUUAAACGCGAAACCGGAGGCUGGCAUCCGUUUAUGUACGAUAUUAAACUUGACAUUUGCCAAUUCCUAAAAAACCGAAGGAAGUUUGUCAUUGCCAAUCUCAUCUAUUCAUUUAUGAAGGAAUUCACAAAUGUCAAUCACACCUGUCCUUUCUCGGCUGGCGCAAAUUUAGCACUCUUGAAUUGGACUCCUGAUGAAGCUGGAGUUUUAACCAAAUUUCCAGUAGAUAAGGGCCAAUAUGGUUUGCAUACAACUUGGUACAUCAACAAAAUCGCGACAGUAAAAAUAAAUGGCUCGGUUAUAUAUUUUUAA